AUGUCGAAUUUUUCGCACAUUUGCCUAACCGAGCCCCAACUUCAAAUGUCGGGAACUCGCCUCGAAUACAAUCUGCAAAGGUACUUCUAUCCAGCGCUCGCCAUAUUCGGAAUAUUGGGAAAUGUGCUCAAUUUGACGGUGUUGCUCAACAAAAGUAUGCGUAGCAGAGCAAACUCAUUUCUCGCGGUUCUCGCAUUCUCCGACAUUAUCUUCUUAUUUCUAUUAUUCCCAAAUAUUCUUGCAAAUUAUUCAAUAUUCACAUUCAAUUACUAUUUCCGAUGGUUCUACUUGCAUUCAAAGGUGCACUUAAUAUCGCUGGCGAAUUGGUGCUCAUCGGUAGCGCAUUGGUGCGUCAUCGCUGUGUGCGCUGAUCGACUCUUCGGCAUCCGAAAUCCGCUGUACGCAAGAGCCACGUGGCGAUGGUGGAAACUUCCACUGGUAACCGCAAUAAUCGUCUUCUUUUGCGGUAUUCUGACCUUCUACCAGCAUUUCGAAUACUUUUGCCUGGUUCGCGAGUAUUGCAGUGCAACACAGUUGUACUCAAGGUGUCUUCCAGUGAACGCCGACAAGUGGUUCGGCGGCCGACCGAAUCCAUUCUCGAUUCGAUACCAAAAGUUGAUUCAAGUCUGCAAGCUUCUUCAUAUCUUCCUGAUGAUCAUUUUGCCGAUUAUUCUACUACUAUUCCUCAAUUUAACACUACUUUGCGCAUUGCGUAAAAGACAAAAACAUUUAUCGAUGGGCAAAGAAUGUACAGACAGGUGUCACAACGAGAGUUAUAUGCAGAAAACUGAGCACCGGGUGACUCUUACCGUAACCUUUAUAGUCACGAUGUUCACGCUCACCAACGGACCAUCAGCAUUGGUCCAUCUUGUUAUGUAUUUCACCCAUCGCGAACUCUAUGACCUGACAAUGAUAUCAAGUACACUGGUAAUUUGCGGAAAAGCGUCAAACUUUAUUUUAUUCUGUCUCGGCUCAAAACACUUCAGAUUGCGGCUUCUCAAGCUGACGCAAAAGAAGAUCAAUCGAAAAAUCGAAUCCAUUGCCGGCUCAUUUGUCGCCAACACCAAACUCAGCACUGUCUCGUCACCACGUCCAUCAUUCCAAAACAACGAAUGCGUGCCUUCGAUUUGCAAGCAAAUGGUUAAGAGUCGGGCACUGAGUGCCACCGAGACCGCCUACAAGCCACUAUUGCCCCCGAAACCGGCAAGAAGGUGCUCAUGA